AUGUUUACGACACUUUUAAUUUUUAACUCCUUCUUUAUUUUAUGUUGUAACGAAAAUGUUUUCCGAUUCCCUUUGGAAAAUCCCAUUCUACGUUUGAGAGCUUGUCCGGAAUCAAAAAAAGGAUAUUAAAAUGAGGAAAUAAAACGUGAAAGUAUUUCAGUUACUCAUACUACAUAAGUACUGACUACAAAAGUGGGUCAACUUGUCGGAAGACCACUCUAACAUGGAUCACAAAUCCUGGAACGGUAUCGAUGUGCAGAAGAAAGCAGGACAAACUCACGACUACUCACGGCGACGGCCGGUCAGUGAAUGGAGCAAGCGAGAGCUACGACGUCAUUACCCCCACUGCUAUCCAUGGUCUCUCCAAGUAAUGUCGUCACAUGCAGCGAUAGCCACGAACGAGGUGAAAUACCAAUUAGUUUAUGAACAAACGAAAUAAAUGUGUCAUUUAGUAGUAUCUUGUGAAAUGAGGUUAGAAUUACAUUUAAGCUUACUAACUUCAAAUGUUUCUUGUUUUUGUCCAAUAUUAGAAUUAUACAUAUGUACAUACGUCACUUUAAAGUGCAUGUGUAAUUUUAUAUUGGCUAUGUAACUUUUGAAAAACCGAAUAUCAAUGUUAAUAUGAUAAAGUAACAAGUAUAUAUUAAUACUGAAUAAAUAAGAAAUUAUAUUAAUGUUAUUAAUGAGAUUUCCGUUUAUGCAGUAUUCAAUUAUUAACUUAUCAAUAACAUAUGCUUGCUAACAUAUUAAUAAUAUCAAAAUAUUGAAAACGAAGUGAACAAAAUAACUGAAAAUUUAUUUUAUAUUUUCAUGUAAAUUUUCAAAAAAAUAACAUAGAAAGUAAAAUAAAAAGUGAUUGAAGAUAAUUAUCCUAUGAAUUUUUGUUGUAUAGUGAUACAGAACAAAACAGAAAAUUAAUA